AUGAAUCAAUCCUUCUUAAUGAAGCUGGCCUGGAAGACGAUAAAGGGUGAAGAUUGGGCCCACAAAAUCUUGCGUUCUAGAUAUCUUACUGAUUUCAGCUAUGCCAAGCAGAAUAUCGCAAACUCUUCUAUCUGGUUGGGAAUGAAAGAUGAAGUGAAUGAGUUGGUGGAUGACUCUUAUGCUUGCAUUGACCGUGGUGAAUGUGUUUACUUUUGGAAAGAUGACUGGCUUGGCUAUAAGCUGGUGGAUAGGCUGAGGAUUCCGUCCUAUAUGCAUGAGUUCCUUAACUUUUCUAUGCAGGACUAUUUUCAUGACGGUGUCUGGCAUUUAACUGCUGCUUUUGUGGAUCGCUUCCCUGAUGUUGUGGCUGACAUCUUACUUCUUCCCACAAAUGGAAGUAAAGACGUUAGAUUCUGGAAACAUUCUGUUCGUGGAGAUGUUUCCGCAGCUCUUGCCUUUGAGAAAAAAUGCCAUCGUUUCCCAGAGGUGAAUUGGGGAAAGUAG